AUGUUCCCGGCGACUUCAGACAGCCGAAGCCGCAGCCGAAGCCCCGGCGGCUCGGAAAGUUUUGCUGCCUCGGCGCACUCCUCACGGAGAAGGGAUGACAGAGCUUUCUUGGAUCAAGGCUUCAGUGGGGGGGCGGCUUCGUCGGCAGGGCGCCUCGAGCCCGAACUGCGCGCGGUUAUCAAGAGACACGUGAUCCAAGUCGACGCCCACAACCGCUACCUUGAGAAGCGACAGAUGUGGAGUCAACAUGAGAAAGAUGAGGAGGAGCGUGCGAGGAAAAAGAGAGAAAGUCAUGGGAUUUUCGCGCGUGACUAUGAUGGUGACAGCGAGGAUUUGAGAAUGCCGCAUCGAAAGCAGCCGCGACCUACACGAAGCUUCAAGGAGGACGAGGGACUGCAAGGCAGGCCUGGAGGCGCUUCCAUGAGCCUAUUCGAUGUCCACGCAGCCGAACGACUUCUGAACGCAAGGGAGAAAGAAAAGAAGCGGCUAAAACAGAUAACAGGGGAAGAUGGCGACCACUGGAGGCCGGACAAGUUCUACACCGACGAACUGCAGACAGAAAAGCCGUGGAUCAAUCCGUACGACGUCAUGGCCCGAAAUUUGUUAAUCCAGCCAAGCGAAGGAGAGCUAACGCCCAAGGCGGAUUCAACGUCCAGUUCGUCAGCAAGUCGCAAGCGCGAUAAAGCGAAGAAGAAGUCCAAGAAGAAGUUGAAUAAGGAGAAAAAAAAGUUGAAAAAGAAACUCAAGAAGCUAAAGUCAUGA